ACGACUCAAGAAGAGGAGGCUGAGAACCUUGAAGCAGACAUGAGUGACACAAAAGUUACUCCCAGGCUGUGGACCAGUCAUCGAGAUGGAGAGGUCCUUCUCCGGAUCUCCAAACACGGGCCAGGCCACGAGACCCCGAUGACCAUCCCUGAACUUUUUCGGGAGUCAGUCAGUCGCUUUGGGGCUUAUCCAGCCCUCGCCUCAAAGAACAGCGAAGAGUGGGAAGUUCUGAAUUUCAACCAGUACUAUGAGGCUUGUCGGAAGGCUGCGAGAGCCCUGAUCAAGCUCGGUUUGGAGCGCUUCCACGGAGUCGGCAUCCUGGGGUUCAACUCCGUCGAGUGGUUCGUUUCUUCCCUUGGUGCCAUCUUAGCAGGGGGCCUUUGUGUUGGUAUUUAUGCCACCAACUCCCCGGAGGCUUGUCAAUACGUCAUCACUCAGGCCAAAGUGAACAUCCUGCUGGUUGAGAACGAUGAGCAGCUACAGAAAAUCCUUUCGAUUCCGCAGAGCAGCCUGGAGACCCUAAAAGCCAUCAUCCAGUACAAGCUGCCAAUGAAGGAGAGCAGCGCUAACAACCUGUACUCUUGGGAUGACUUCAUGGAGCUGGGCAGCAGCAUCCCCGACUCCCAGCUGGACCGCAUCAUGGAGAGCCAGCGGGCCAAUCAGUGCGCGGUGCUCAUCUACACUUCUGGGACGGUGGGCCCUCCCAAGGGCGUCAUGCUGAGCCACGACAACAUCACGUGGACGGCCGGGGCGGCGGCGAGGGACAACCGCCUGUCUCACGCUGCAGAAAAGCAGGAGGUGGUGGUCAGCUACCUGCCCCUCAGCCACAUUGCAGCUCAGAUGAUGGAUAUCUGGAUUCCCAUGAAGGUUGGGGCGGUCACGUACUUUGCUCAGCCGGACGCGCUCAAGGGCACCUUGGUCAGCACUCUGCAAGAGGUCAAGCCGACAACCUUCCUGGGGGUGCCCCGAGUUUGGGAGAAGAUGCAGGACAAGAUAAAGGAAAGUGGUGCUAAAUCCUCCAGCUUGAGGAAGAAGGUGUUUUCGUGGGCAAGAGCGACUGGCUUAAAGGUCAACAAAAAAAGGAUGCUUGGGCCAUAUGACAUUCCCAUGAGCUACCGCAUGGCCAAGGCCCUCGUGUUCAGCAAAGUCCGGAGUGCUCUUGGCCUCGAUCAUUGCCACUCCUUUAUCAGCGGGGCCGCGCCCCUCAGCCAUGAGACCUCCGAGUUCUUUCUGAGCCUGGACAUACCUAUAGGCGAGAUGUAUGGUAUGAGCGAGAGCUCAGGACCCCACACCACGUCCAACUAUGAUAACUACAGGGUUCUAAGCUGCGGCAAGAUCAUGAGUGGGUGCAAGAACAUGCUGUACCAGCAGAGCAAGGACAGCACAGGGGAGAUCUGCAUGUGGGGCCGGCACGUCUUCAUGGGUUACCUCGAAAAGGAGGAGGCCACCCUGGAGGUGCUCGACGAGGAAGGUUGGCUGCACACCGGGGACCUCGGCCACAUGGACAACGAGGGUUUCCUCUAUAUCACCGGUCGCAUCAAAGAAAUCCUCAUCACGGCUGGCGGCGAGAACGUGGCCCCCAUUCCCAUCGAGAACCUGGUCAAGGAGAAGAUCCCCAUUGUCAGCCACGCCAUGUUGGUGGGGGACAAGGCAAGGUUCUUGAGCAUCCUGCUGACGCUGAAGUGCGAGGUGGACGGGACGAGCGGAGAGCCGCUGGACAGACUGAGUGGGGAGGCGAUCAAGUUCUGCCAGAACCUGGGCAGCCAGGCGUCCACCGUGACCGAGGUCCUGGAGCUGCGCGACCCGCUGGUCUACAAGGCCAUCCAACAAGGGAUCGAUGCCGUGAACCAGGAGGCCGUCUCCAACGCACAGAAGAUUCAGAAGUGGGUCAUCCUGGCCAGGGACUUCUCCAUCAGCGGCGGAGAGCUGGGUCCGACGACAAAGAUUAGGCGACACUACAUAAGUGAGAAAUACAAAAGGCAAAUCGACAACUUGUACCACUGA